AUGAUCGUGCUUCAACGGUUUUCUCUACCUUUACCCGUUUCUCAUCAUUUUUCGGGCAUCGAAUUCCCGGUUUGGCCAGCCGGUACCGAGGAGGCCGAGCAUGAGCUCGACCUGGGCGGAGUGGCCGUGUUGCCGGAGGACCUCGGUCUGGAGCUUAUCAUGCCCCAACCGGCCCCGCUUUACGACUACGAGCACGACCCGGACGUUCUACCAUUCGAAAAUGAGACCAUUGACCGGAACAACAACGUCGAGACGGACGGGUUCAACUUUGACGCGUGGUUCGACGAGCCGCACGAAAUUGCGCGGCUCAACGAGCGCAGCGAGGUACAUAGGGAGCAUCUGACACUGCGCAUCAACAACAUCCUGGACGAGCUGCGCGAAAAUGUGCUGCAAGCGGCAAACGAGGAGCAGCAGCGGGAAACGGAGCAAGAAGCAAGGCUAAGAGUGCAAGCCGAACUCCGAAUGUCGCUGAACCGAGUUCUGGGUCAAUAC